AUGGAAACAGUCGUUACAAGCAUCAAACUUGGCUUCGGAAUUCCCUUUGACAUUCCUUGCGGAGAAAUAAAAACUUUCAUAGCAACGAGCUCUGAUGAAACUUCUCGAUUCCAUUCAGAAAUCCAACAAAAAACAGGGCAAUCUUUUUCUGAGUUUACCACAUAUAUAAUCAUCCCAUGCAUAUCUCCAGAGGCUGCAACCACUCUUCACAAUCUUUUUUCACAGCACUGGCAAUCGUCAUUAUCUUCACAACCCUCCUCUGAUCCUUUACUAUCUCCCUAGCGACCGAGAAAACAAUUGAUAAAAGUCCUAUUUGUUUGGGCAAAAAGCAAUCCUUCGUAAGUGAGUAAAUCUUUUUAUAAAAUAUAAUGAUAAUUAUUAUAAUGAAAUCCCUCUUACUAAUUAUACUAAUUUUUUUAACAUAAUUUUAUAAAUUAAAUUAAUUUUGAAAAUUUGUUUUAAAUUUUAUAAAUUUUAUGAUAUAAAACAAAUGGGUUGACUCCCUCUUCAAAUAAAUAAAUAAAUAAAAAAUUCACUUAUUCAUAGAGGUGGAGCUAGUAGAAUUCAUAAAAAAGCUUUCGAAAUCUGACGAUUCUGAAGGAAGAAUUUUUGAUGCUGAUUUUUCAGUUAAUACCAAAAAUUUACUUAUAAAAUUAACUCCAGUAUCACAGAAACUUGAGCAAUAUCAAGGGAUGUAUGAAAUGGUAAAGUCUAUGGCACAGAAAAUACUUGCAUCUAAGCAGCAUGCAUCAUUAAAUAUUUUUCUAGGAAGAAGUAUCACUGAUAUUUUAAGCUCAAGAAAUGUUCUUAUUGGGUUAUGGCAAUCUAUGAAGAUCGAGUUUGAUUUGAAUUAUAAAUCAAGUUUAUCUGAAGAUUUAAUGACUUUAAGCCAGCAAAUGGGAGGAACUGAAGGCGUUAGAGAUAAGUUGCGAGUUCUGGCUGCAUAUGAAGGGAUGACUAUUAACUUGAAUUUUUGCGACAUCACGCAGAUUCCACAAAUAAUCAAAGACGCUUUGAAAACUCAAGUAAAUUUUGAAGCCCCAAGGGCCAUGCUUAGCCGUGCCUUCUCAAAUGUGAUUCCAACGCUAAUUCAAUGUGUUGAAGGAGAAGUUACUUUUAUGGUUGGAACAGCAGAUGCCAUCGGGGAACUGAAAAUUAGACUGCCUGGAUUUUCUGAGUUUUUAAGCUUAAAUAACUAG